AUGACUAACCGUCGCUCUCAAGAGAAAUCCUAUGCAGAGGCGGCUGCCGCACCGCCGCCGAAGGGACCAGCUAGUUCUGAUGUUACCCCUGCAGUUCCUGCAGAUGUCAUCUACAAGCUACUGGGAUUCACCGCUGCCAUGGUUGUCGGUCCUAUCGGCAUGUACUUUGUCACAGUAAACUCUGGUGCGAGUUCAACUGUGGCUGGUAUCACGGCUGCAAUCACUGCGAAUCUGGUCUUGUUCGGUUAUAUCUACGUGGCAUGGCUAGAUGAUCGAGAAGAGAGGGAAGCAGGGUCAAAGAAGAAAGAGAAAAAGGCCCAGUAG